AUGGUUAAGCGUCUCAUUAUCAAAUUAAUCAUUGAAGUUGGCUCAACCUUUGCCAAGUCUUUUAUGAAGGCUUAUUAACAGAGUGCUAAAUAGUAAGGAGGAAAGUCAGCAAAUCCAUUUAGCGAGUUUUUGAAUCAGACGAUGCAAGCAGCAAAUUUGACUCACAAACCUAUGACAAGAGACGAAGCAUUUAAAAUAUUGCAAUUGACAGCUGAGAAAACUAAUGCAGAAGAAAUUUUAAAAAUUUAUUGGAGACAGUUCCACAAGAACGAUCCAGUAAAGGGAGGAUCAUUUUAUAUUCAAUCAAUGUUGCACAAUGCCAAAUGCGAAUUGAUGAAGGAUUUCCCAGAUAUUAAUGAGAAGGAGAUUUUGGAGAAGUUAAGGAAGGAGGAGGAGAGUUAGAAAGGGAAGGAGGAAGAAGGGAAGUAGGAGGAAUAGAAGACAAAUUGA